AUGGCUGACCUUGACAUGGUUGAAAUCAUCGCGCGCUGUCUGUGCCGAGCAAACGAGCUGUCCUGGCAGCUGCCGAAAUCAUCGCUGCCGCUCGAUGCCGGGAUUUGCAACUGCAACUCCUGCCGUCACGGCACCGGAACGCUGGGCUUCAUGGCGUGCACAUGGCCGCUCCCCGUCCCGGAGCUCCCGGGCUGCUCUAGGGCGGCAUUCUCGCCGCGCGCAGACGUCUACUUUUGCGCAACGUGCGGCACGCUCAUGUUCAUGCGCCAGAGAACCCAGCCGCCCUGGACGGGGCUGGCGCUCGGAGCGCUCAAGGAUCCGACGACCAUGUGCAGGCUCAGCAUGCAUCUCUGCCUGGCCGACACCAAGGACGGCGGCAUGUCCGUCUGGUUGGGCCGUGUAAACGGCACUCGGCUGAAAAAGUACGCUACUGCUGAUCUACAAUCCGAAUUUGAAGCCGUAACUGCAAAGAGCGGAGAAGAAGGGAAUUUAAAGGCGAGCUGCAGGUGCCGAGGGGCUCAAUUCACGAUAACGAGACCGACGGAGCUGCCAGACAAGGCAAUCGCUGCACAAGAGAAAUCAAGCAGCAAAGGGAAAUACACCGCGAGUGUAUGCGUCUGUGACUCGUGCCGCUUAUCGGUAGGGUGUGAAGUAAUGGCAUGGGCAUUCAUCCCCGACGUCAAUAUCCUGCACGACAACAAUGAGCCAUUACCCGACCCUCCUGUGUUUGGGACAAUCAAGCACUAUGCCAGCUCGGAAGGCACGGAUCGCUACUUCUGCGGAGGGUGUGGCGCCGUCGUCUUCUUGACGUCCAAGAGGCGUCCGAAAAUGCUUAACGUGGCUGUAGGGCUAUUCCACGAUGCAUCGGGGGCCAGGGCUGAGGACUGGCUCUGCUGGACGACAAGCACGGGCCCGGAAACCGCCUCUGAUGGGCUAAAAAGGGACUUUUUGACCGAGGAUUUGACCAAGCAGAUGAUCGCAUGGAAGAAGUAA